AUGGGUUCCGAUAUCCCAUCGACAACGUCAAGAAUUACGCAGUAUGCCCAGAAGUUUCCAACUAGUGGCUUUGACAUUAUCCAGCCUGACGAAAAAGUGGAGGAGGAAGAGUUACCUGACUACGAAGCACGCCGUUUUUAUCCCGUUCGACUGGGUGAAAUAUUCCAGAACCGCUACCAAGUAGUGGCAAAACUUGGCUUUGGCUCCUCAUCAACCACAUGGCUGUCCCGCGAUUUGACAAACGGCCACUAUGUCGCAUUGAAAGUCUAUGUGCAUACUUCAUCGUUUCACCGCGAAGUCCCGUUCUAUAAUCACGUGAAGCAACAGCUACAAACAAGCUCACAUCAGGGACGAUACAAUAUUCGCAAGUUGUUAGAUUCCUUCACUGUUUCCAGUCAAGAUGGGACACAUACAGUCCUUUUCUUCGAGGCCGCGCAGAUGAGUCUACGUGACAUGAAGGUAGUGUUCCAACAGGGUGGGUUCGAUGAGGAUCUUGUUAAAGGUGCUAUUACCGAGCUUUUACAGGCGGUAGACUUUCUUCAUACACAAGGACAGAGUGUUCACACUGAUAUACAUCCUGGGAAUUUGCCCCUCGGAGCCUAUGCUAACCAGUCGCUGAGUGCACUGGAACACAAAGAACUCGUGUCACCAGUACCUCGCAAGCCGGUCUCUCCCACGCGGACUAUUUAUUUAUCACGCCUGAUGCGUCCUCAAGUAGGUCCCAUGUUGUUGUCUGACUUUGGUGAGACACGGAUUGGUCCAGGGCCGCACGGCGGUGAUAUCAUGCCCCUGGAGUAUCGGGCACCUGAGACAUUACUUCAUAUAGGUUGGAGUUACCCUGUCGAUAUCUGGAGUGUAGGUCUAACUGCCUGGGAUCUUAUCGAGCCGAGAAAGCUUUUCACAGUACGAGAUGAAGAUGGAGAUCUGUAUGAUGCUGCGCAUAUAGCCCAAAUCAUCGCUGCACUAGACAGUCGGCUCAGUGAUAAGUCUGGCUUCCUACGAUUCAUGCGGAAAACUCUUACUUGGCUGCCUGAAGAAAGAGCGACAGCCAAGGAGCUUUUGCAGGAUCCUUGGUUGAGAGGCUGA